AUGUUGGGAUAUUUGAAGGAUAGAAAUUAUAAGUCAAUGUUUUCUAUUUUAGUUCUCAUCAAUCUUGGUUGCUGCUACAGAGACAGCGGAAAACUUGAGAAAAGUUUGAGUUUACUCGAGGAGGCAGUUACAAUCAGCAGAUCAUGCUACUCAUCUUCUCAUCCCUCCUUGGCACUUGCUAUAUAUCACCUUUCCUCUACGUACGAUUUACUUGACAGAAAAGAUGAAGCUUUGAAAUUGGCAAGAGAAGUGUGGGAUAUUGCAAACGUAUCAUUACCGUCAUCACAUCCUCAAUUGGCCGAGUAUAUGAAUCAAGUCGGUCGUUGUUGUUUAUCGCGAGGAGACAACAACGAAGCCAUAGAGUGGUAUAAGAAAUCUCACCAAUUGCUACAACAACUACCUUCUUCACCUACACGAAACGAUCUCUUUCCAGCAACGCUACAUAACCUUGCUCUCGCAUAUGAAAGAGUCCGGAAAUACGACGAGGCGAUAAAGACAUAUGAAGAGUCUCUCGAGUUGAAGAGGCGAUGCGAUGACGGAAAUCUAGUGGAAAUGUCUACGAGUAUCGUUUUCGAAGUGCAGUGUGGACGAUUUCUAUCCCGAUCGGAUCGCGAUCUAUUUCGGUCAAGUGUGGACAGGCCUUAA